CAUUUCCGCCGCUCCGGCCGCGAUGUCGCCCGGACCCUGGUGGCUGGUGCUCUGGCUGCCGCCCCUGGCCACGCUGCCCGCGGGCGCGGUGCGCGAGGAGGAGGCGGCGAUGUCAGUUCCAAGAUGUAAAUCUCUAAAGGAAAUGGACUUAAUUAAAACUUCUGUGUCAGACUGUUACUGCUACAAUCAAAAUUCACAAAUAGAGUGGACGUAUAUGUGGUCAACUGUGCAGGUGACAGUUAGCAGUCCAGGUCUGCUCAGAUUUGUAUAUGUCACAGGAAGUCAUACUUGCCAGCAUCCAGAAACCAUCCUAUCAUUUAUCAAAUGUGUGAUUCAUAACUUUUGGGUACUAGAGGAGUCUAAGGAAAUGACCAUGGUCUUCAGUCCAUAUGGAAAAACUGUAUGCUUCUCUGUGAAGCCCAUCGGCAGGGUGUUCACCUACUCAGUGAGCGUGGACCGAAAGAUUGUGGAUUUCAAACUCUUCCUUGUAUUUGUGGCAGGCAUUUGCCUCUUCUUUUAUGCAAAGACCUUGAGCCGAAGCCCUGUUUUCUAUUACUCUUCGGGGACCGUGGUAGGUGUUCUGAUGACGCUAGUCUUUGUCCUUCUGAUGUCAAGGAGACACAUUCCAAAGCACAGCACGUUUGGGGCGCUAAUGGUUGGUAGCUGGUUUGCUUCAGUUUACGCUGUGUGCCGGCUGAUGGAAGAUCUGAAGUGGCUGUGGUGUGGAAACAGAGUGUAUGUGUUAGGCUAUGUCUCGGUUGUCGGACUUUGUAGCUUUGCCGCCUGUUACAGGCAUGGGCCUCUCACUGAUGAGUGGAGCAGAGGCCUUCUGAUGUGGACACUGCGGUUCUUCUCCCUGGUCCUGGUCUACACUGGUGUGGCCGUGCCUCAGUUUGCCUAUGCGGUUAUGGUCCUCCUCCUGUUUUCCUGGAGUCUGCGCUAUCCACUGCGAGCACUCGGCUAUCUGAGGUGGAAAAUGAGGCAAUGGUUCACAACGGAACCGCUGAUGGUGAGGUACCUCACGGACGAUGAGUACAGGGAGCAAGCUGAGGCAGAAACAACCAGAGCUCUCGAGGAACUGCGCCGUGCCUGCUGCAGGCCUGACUUUCCUUCCUGGCUGGCUGUCUCCAGACUCCAGACUCCUAAAAAAUUUGCAGACUUUGUUCUCGGAGCGAGCCACUUGUCACCGGAAGAAGUCAGCACACACGAGAAGCAGUAUGGCCUUGGGGGUGCCUUCUUGGAAGAGCAGCUCUUUAGCUUUCCUGCUGACAGUCUGCCUGCAAGUUGACUUCAUUCUGAACAAGAGAGCGGGUAAGAGGCAAAGGUCCUGUUACCGUGGGCAGAACCAUUUAUGGACAGUGGGAAAAGCGUGCGCUGCGGAGAAAAGCCACCAAGCAAGGAAAAGCACACAUUGAGAACUGACUCUCGGCAGCUUACUUACUGUGCUGUAAGUGGCACAAGGACUCUAAGAAUCGCUGCCACCUGCCCUGAGUGAAGAAGACCUUCCUUAGAACCGUGGGAACUGUUCUUUAGGGCCAGAAAAAAGGUCAGAUACUGUCCCAGCACCAGGCACUAACUUCUCUCUUGAUGCCCUGAGGCUGGGUCAAAAGGCUACAUUGUUCUCCCUCCAGUUUUUAAUUAAUUCAGUGCUUUCUAAAGUGCAGUCCACGUGAUACUAGUCAGGGCUGGUGAAGGAUGCUCACGCCAGUCAUGACUGACUCAGAGUCACCCGUCCUGCAGAUCUCUCCAUCUUCGGUGGUGUGAAGAUGUAGGUCUUCUGAAAGGCAGACAUCAUGUACAAGGACUUUAACCAUUUAUCAUGAGAUUAAUAAUCUUUAGAACACAUUUAGAAAAUGCUACUGAUGGUGUGAUUUGGGUUUGAGGGAAGUGUGCUCAGCAGCCCGGGCAGCAUUCCAGCCCUGGUGCAUCCUGAGACUCAGGUAGAAGACAUGUCUUCAGAUGCAGGGUCCGGGCUGUCUCCCCA